AUGGAGCGCAAGGAUAAUAACAUGGAGAGUGGCUCCGAGGAGAUUGCCAGUGAUGAGUCUCCGUCCAUGCCUCAAGGUUUAAUGAGGUUCACACGCAUGCACCCGCCUAUGUUUGUAAAGGGACCCGACCCGAUUAUAGCAGAGGACUGGGUCGAAAAGACUGAGAGGAUUCUGGAAGUUCUCCACUGUACAGAUGAGCAGAGAGUCCUAUACUUUACCUUCCAACUUUCUGGGGAAGCGGGGCGUUGGUGGACUGCCGUGAAUCUGUUGGAGAAUCAAAGAGCCGAUGUUUUAAAGAUGUCUUGGAGCCAUUGCAAGGAGCUCUUGUUGUCAGAUCUCACUGAUGAUCUGCAGCUCACUUGGGUGGCACCUUCGUGUGGGAGGUGUGAGGCUAUAAAAAUCAGCCUAAGUUUAACAGCAACAGCAGAGCUUCAGCUUAACAGUAGCAGCAGCAACAGAAUUAUAUCUGGUGCAGCAGUAGUUCAACGUUACUGUGUUCUACAAGCUUCUUCAAUGGUGGAAACAGCAGCCAAUACUUCCAACACAGAGACUUCAUCUUCUUUGCAAGAUUCAUAUAAUAUUGGUGAUCCUCUGUUCUUGCAUCCUAGCGAAAAUCCUGGAGCAAUUCUUACUUCUCAACCAUUGAUUGGGGAAGAAAAUUAUCCUGCCUGGGCAAGAUCAGUAAAGAAAUCUCUAAUUGCCAAAAACAAGUUAGGAUUUAUUGAUGGAUCAUUAACCAUUUCUUCACCAUUGGUGAAUUCUCCAAAUGCUAUUCAAGCAUGGGUUUGUGCUGAUAAUAUGGUAAGUACAUGGAUCAUUAAUUCUGUUUCACCAAAGCUUCAAGGUAGUAUUAUAUAUAGAGAUAUUGCUUUAGAAAUCUGGAUUGAUCUUCGAGACACUUUCAGUCAAGGAAAUGGGACCAAGAUCUUCAAUAUCCAGAAGCAGAUUGCUGAGAUUCAUCAGGGAGAGAUGUCACUCACUGAAUAUUUCACUCAGCUCAAGAUUUUGUGGGAUCAAUUGCAGAAUUUGAACCCAUUUCCUCAGUGUACUUGUGGUCAGUGUGUGUGUGGAAUUAAUCAAAACUUACAGAAUCUUCAAGCUAAGGAGUCCACUAUGAAAUUUCUCAUGGGAGUGAAUGAUAUUUUUUCUCAAGUAAGAACUCAAAUUUUAUUAAUGGAUCCUUUGCCUUCUGUUAAUAAGGUGCAUUCUUUGUUUAUUCAAGAAGAAAUGCAAAGGUCUGUACAUAAUGUUGUUAGAGUUGAAUCUACUGCUCUGGCAACCAAAAAUUUCGGAACCAAUUUUAAAGGCAAAGAAAGGCCCUUAUGCACUCACUGUGGAAAGUUAGGUCAUACCAUCGACAAAUGCUAUAAGCUGCAUGGUUUUCCACCAGGUUUCAAGUUCAAGAACAACAAAUAUGCCACUGCUCAUCAAGUUUCAUCUAAUAUUGACUUCGUUCAAAGGAAUAAUUCUAAUGGAUUUAAUGAUUCUGCUUCAUCUCAAUCUGUUUCUCAAGCUCCAGCUUUCACUCAUGAUCAAUAUCAACAACUUUUGACACUAAUUGGUUCUUGUUCUUCUUCACAAUUGCCUAAAAAUUCAGAAUUCCAUGCUGCUAAUGCUGUGACUGGUCCAUCAAAUGUUGUUGCAGGUAAUUGCAAGCAUUCUGUUUUUUCUGCAAAAGCUGUUAACAGAAAAGCAUAUGAUUUACAUGGGUUAUUGACACUGGUGCAAGUGAUCAUAUAG